GUACUCAAUAAAUAUCACAAACCAACCUCGUUGAUUCUCUAUAUUUAACACCACUUCUCACUGUAUUCUCACAUCAGCUUUGAAAUGUCUCCUCUCCGCUCUCAAACCCUAAUCCGACUAACAACCUGCGCCUUGUCCUCUUCCGCCGCCUGGCCGAGAGUUCUCCGCCGCCUCUCCACUCUGCCUGAUUCUAGCUUGCAGGUGGAGCUCGCUGCCGCGGAGGAAUCGGAGGCCAAGGCGAAGGCAAACGCGGUGGAGAAAAUUGAGGACGUUAUCCACAGUUUCAUUGUUAGGAGAUCUCGGCCGGAUUGGCUGACAUUCGUCCCCGGGGGUUCCUACUGGGUUCCACCCCGCCGCACGUCGUACGGCGUCUCCGGAAUUGUUGAGACGCUCUCUAAUGCUCUCACCGAAGAGGAGUAUUUGUCUCUCACCACCGUGCAGGGAUGGCCUUCCUCCUCAUUCUAUAUUCACAAUGAUACAUCUUCUUAUCAAGUGGGCUUUAUAGGUGGUGAGGAAGAGAUGUCACCUACUACUGUAGUAAUACAUGAGGAAGAAGGCAAAGGCAAAGCUGAUGUUGAGUAGAAUUAGGAAGAGAUGUCACCUACCACUGUAGAUAUGUAAAUAUAGUAUUAGCUUCAUCGAAUAUUACUAUGUAUAGAAAACUUGGUCGCCUAGCAUAAAACUAUUUGUAAUAUUUGUAUGUAACACUUCUCUUUAAUAUCUCUUAUACCAGGCAUAAUUCUUUGGCAACUUCAUAUUCUGUUUCA